UACCUGGAUCAGCCUGGCAGCUGAAGAGGGUUGAGGCGGAGACCCAUCAGUAAGUCAGUCAGUGCAGUUACUGUCUAUCAGAAAGCAGCUCACAAUAGCCAAGCCCCUAGGAGCUAAGACUUCUCUCUCUGUUGCAUACCCCACCAUUCAACAGGCAAGAUGGCUCGUGAUAUGUCUGAUAAGGAAAUCCUGCAAAUGGAGCUGGCUCAACUAAAGAUUGAAGUUAGCACUACACGCACAGCUGUGUCAGUGAAUUGCAAGGAGACAAUGGAAUGGGUGGAGGCCCAAACGGAGGGUGACCCACUCCUAAAGGGCGUGUCAGAUGACAAGAACCCCUACAAGGGAGACAAGGGAGGCUGCAUUAUAACCUAGAAUACACAAACCCAGGGAAAAGAAGCCACACAUUUUGAUUUAAUGAGAGACAGUGGAGUGCAUUCAAACAAAAAUGUAAUCUGAUCUUUUAGAUUGAUGUUUGGACAGACAGAAAUACAUCUCAGAGAGAAAAGGACAACUGCUACAUUUGUGGUGAUGUUGUAUUGUUACAAGAAGCCAGAUAUUUCCCCUUUCACCAUCUCUGGAUAUUUCUGUUGAUAUCAUUGUGUCUGUCAAAUUGUAAAUAAACACAUCUAGCUGUGUAAGGCUGUUACCUAGCUCAUCUUGGUGUUAUUCACUUUCCUCUACUAAAUUAAAAGCACAUAUUGUGAUUA